UUCUUUUUUGGCCGUCAGAGGGCUUUUUUUUUUUUUUUAAUUUUCCCACUGCCCACUUGUGUUACUUCCGUAUAGAAUCCAUAAAACUGACCUACACAAUAUGGUUUUCACAUUCUGCGCCUGGUGCCCGUUUAGAGUCAGUUUUAACACGCCAGAAACUGAGAGUUGCUUUUAAAAUUUCGAGUAAUACUGGGUUGUUGGGUGGAUGUUGAAGCCUUGCUCUUUCUAUGUUUAGGUAACUUUAGAAAGUAACUAAGACCUCCGACCUUGACAGUUACUGAUUCCACAGCUACUCCUAAAAUGGAAAAUUUAGCCAGAGCUAUUAUUACUAACAUCUACCGUCCUUUUAUUCUUUUCGCCGUCAAAUGAACGCUCCUGUUGUACUCAAGACCAGAGGUGAACUCUCAGCUACUGUUCCAGCACCAUGCCUGUCUGCCUGUUACCACACUCACCGCCAUGAUGUCCAUGGACCAACCUGAAACCGUUCAGCUAAAAGAGAAGCAUCCUCAAGAAGUGAUCACAGGGUUGAGAAUGAGAAGCACUGAUCUAAGAACAGACAAGUUGUUAUAAACUCUGCCUCUAUCCACUGCCAAGAUGAAUCGUCACCUGUGUAUUUGGCUUUUUCGGAAUCCGUCUCUCAGUGCGUGCCCUCAGAGGCAUGUCUUCCUCUGCUGUCAGCAAUUUAGACAGAUGAGCCUUAAUACAAGGCUGUGGAAUUCUAGACAAAACAAGACUCAUGUUCUCUCUCAGCUCUUAAAUAAGAGCUGGUCCAGGGGCUACUGUCAUCAAGACACCAGGAAGCUUUGGAAACAUAAAGCUCUACAGAAGUAUAUGGAAGACCUGCAUAAAGAGUACCAAACCCUUGACCAGUGUUUGCAGGGUAUCUCUGAGAAUGGAGACCGAAGGGCCUUACACCGAAGGCAUGCUCAGUUGGCACCACUUGUGGCUGUUUAUCAAGAAAUUCAGGAGGCUGAACAAGCCAUUGAAGAAUUAAAGUCCAUGUGUAAAAGUCUAAAUGAACAAGAUGAAAAGCAGUUGCAAGAACUUGUAUCCGAAGAAAGGCAAAUCAUUGAUCAGAAGAUCCACAGACUGUAUAGUGAGCUUUUGGAGCAUUUAGUGCCUAAGGAGAAGUGUGAUCAGAGUGACAUUAUUCUAGAAGUGACAUCUGGAAGAACUACUGGAGGUGAUAUCUGCCAACAAUUUACCCGAGAAAUAUUUGAUAUGUACCAGAAUUAUUCAUACUAUAAACGCUGGAAAUUUGAGCUGCUGAAUUAUACACCAGCUGAUUAUGGUGGACUCCAUCACGCAGCUGCCCGAAUUUCCGGUGAUAGUGUCUAUAAGCAUUUGAAGUAUGAAGGUGGGAUCCAUCGAGUUCAGCGAAUCCCAGAGGUGGGCUUGUCAUCACGGAUGCAGCGUAUCCACACGGGAACAAUGUCAGUUAUUGUCCUUCCACAACCAGAUGAGGUAGCUGUGAAAGUGGAUCCCAGGGAUCUGCGAGUAGACACAUUUCGAGCCAAAGGAGCAGGUGGGCAGCAUGUUAACACAACAGACAGUGCCGUGAGGCUUGUCCAUAUCCCCACAGGACUGGUAGUAGAGUGCCAACAAGAACGAUCACAGCUGAAAAAUAAAGAAAUAGCGUUGCGUGUAUUGAGAGCCAGACUCUACCAACAAAUAAUCGAGAAAGACAGGUGUCAGCAGCAGAAUGCUAGAAAACUGCAGGUGGGAACAAGAGCCCAGUCGGAGAGAAUUCGGACAUAUAAUUUCACCCAGGAUAGAGUCACUGACCACAGGAUAGCGUAUGAAGUUCGUGACAUUAAGGAAUUUUUACGUGGUGAGAAGUGCCUGGAUCAGCUAAUUGAGAGACUGCUUCAAUCAGCAGAUGAAGAGGCCAUUGCUGAGUUUUUGGAUGAAAGCCUUCAAUCAGUGAAAUAAAUGUGGUUUAUUAUUGUUAUGUAAAUGAAGUGGACUUUGAUCAAGAAACAAACAGGUGUGGAAAUCUUAAUAAAUAUUCAUUAAGUAUAGAUGUA